AUCAUGUUCCAAGCGCAACUCCCAUGUUUAUAAAAAUUGAAAGAAAUGGAGGGACUCCUCAUCAGUUCCCAAGAUUAAUGGGCAGUGACCCAGAUCAUGAUGAGAUUCAUCCAAGGGCUCUAAGGAGCCUCCAUGAAUUCCCUCAGCUGUGCUCUUCUUCCCCAGUUCGACUCACAAUCUGGUGCAAGUCAUUGCUCUUCAAUGGCAACGGCUACACCGUCUUCGACGAUUCAAAUGGAAAGAUGGUUUUUCGGGUCGAAAACUACGCAUGCAAUCGAAGAGAGGAAACUUUCCUCAUGGAUUUCAACGGUAACGUCUUGCUGACAAUCAGACGGUGCAAGAAGAAGCUGAAGAUCUUGGAAAGCUGGGAAGUAUACAGAGGAGAUCAAGAUGUCUUACGGUUGGAUGGCCAACAGGAGCCGUUGAUUAGGGCUACAAAGGCCUUGGGCUACCCUAGUUGCAAGAUAUGGGUGGAUAACGGUGGAGAUGGGCUGAUCAAUUACUGGAUGAACUGGUCACGUCACCAGAGAUGGUCGAAGAUCUACCGUACAACUUCUGGUGCAUCUCCUGUGGCUGAGGUUAAUAGAAAGUGUGGUUCAGCACCAGAGACACUACUUGGUAAAGAUGUUCUGACCUUAAGCAUGCAGCCAGGGAUGGACCAAGCAAUGAUCAUGGCCAUGAUCAUGAUCAAUGAUGCAAUGAGAUGAGCACACCCCUUGUAUUCUAUGUUUCAUAUAUCUUAUAAAAUUCAUUUAUUUGCUUU